UGAAGUUAUAGGUGACAUAUUAGGCCAAAAAUCCAAAACCCAAAUCACGGCGCCGAGCAACCAGAAAAACCGUCAACAUACAGCUCACGCAGGAGAUGUCAGUUUUGUUUUUCUUUUCUUUUUUUUCCUCCUUUGUCAGUGGUUCGGAUAAACCCACCAUGAAGUGCUUAAAGUCUCGGGCUGGGCAACUCUAGCAUUCCUCUUUCAAACUACCUAUGGUCACCCCGUACCGGUGAUGAAAUGCGCAUUAUCUCGGCAUUCGCCCUGCAACACGUCUCUAAGCAACGAGCCCACGUACCCAAACGAUGGUGGUGAACAUCCUCUGGAGUUUGACAGGGGCCAGCAACAUGCCGUUUUGAAACGGCACGGUAAACAUAGGUUUUGAAACGACACGGGUAAACAUAGGUUACCGCAGCCUAGUCCAAAACGAAAACCUCCGUACAAGGUUACCAAGAGCCUGGGCCGGGCGCGCGUGGCUGAGAAAAAGGUGAAAGGGAAAUUGGAUGGUAGAAGAAAGGCCGACUAUGAAUUCUGCAUGGCUCAGGGGGAAAAGCCUCUUGAAAGGGCUGCUUUGAUGGCUGCCAAGGAUCGUCAGAAAACGUCCUCGGCUUCAAAGGGGGUGACUAACCCUCCCGUACAGAACCAGGCCACUCAGACCAACCCCACCUCGUUACUUGGUCCGACAAGCAGACCGCUGCACAAGAUAGACGGCCUCACCUUCUUCAGUUUUGAGUUACGAUGAACUCGGUUUUUCG